UUACUCGAGAGAGAAAUGCAGUGCCCGGAGCCUGAAUGUGCGCAGUGUGCGAGCAAACACUCGGGCACCGGGAGCCCCCGCCACAGUGCCGCGGCACUGGCCCCCGGCCACGCCAGGGAGGGAGUAAAAAUGCCAGCUUCUCUGAGAAAACUGCAGCAAAUGGCUGUUUUCAUGGGACUGUUCAGCGGCGGGGGAUGCAUCGUGAUGUAUAAUCUUAUGCAAAAAAGUUUUGCCAGGACGCAGUAUUACCAGCAAGCUUUGGAGCAACUGAACAGCAAUCCUGAUGCCCUGGCAGCCCUGGGUGCCCCCCCUCUUAAGGUUCACAACAUCCACCUGACAGAUGGGAGCAAUCGCGUGGACACAGAAAGAGCGCGGAUAAAGUUACCGGUCUCUGGAACAAAAUCGGCAGGCUACCUCUACAUUGACUCGGAGAUGGACCACUCCCGUCAGUGCUGGUGCCUUCAGGAUGUCACCUUGAAACUGCGGGAUGGUCAGAAUAUUCCCGUUUACCACUCUUCAGAGGGAAGCAUUGGUGUGCAAGAAAGCUAAAAAUCAGGGACAGCUGCAUUUCCACCUCCCAUUGAGCCAAAGGAGCCAUUAAUCGAUUGCAUCCUGCUGUGGCUGUGAAUGUACACAGUUGUUACAAGUGACAGUUUCACUUAAGCGGGUGCUCUCAAGACAAUUUUCUCUCUAAGAUUUACCUCAUUAUUGUUGUAGUUGUAAUUUCUUUCUUUUGCUGGUUUAUUCAUGUGUUUAACAGAAGCCUAAAAUAAAUAUCUUGCAAAAGA